AUGCGUCUUGAAACAGACAAAGCGCCAGAGGAAGUUGUCGCCUUAGCCAAAAGGGCAUGGAUACAAAUGCGUUAUAUGCACCCUGCUCUUACUGUUACAGCAGACUUAAGAGGAUUCACAUACUGUCCCCCCCAUAAUCAACUUGAAGUUGAUGAAUGGGCCAACAAAACCUUCAUCGUGCAAGAGUCCGACUCGAGCAUGGGUGAUGAGGACUUUCAAAGCUUUGCUGGCGCACCAGCCACCGAGCAGGCAACACUCUACCAUUUCCCUAAAGAGAAUAGAUUUAUCCUCCGAUCCAACCAUAUGUUAACCGAUGGGCACGGCGUCGCCAUGUUUUUCCGGGAUUUCUUGAAUGAGAUGGCACGACUUGAGUCAGAGAGUGAAAUUAUCAGAGAGCCAUUGGACAAAGAGGCCCAAUGUCUCCCCUGCGGUAUAUUCGAGUGUAUUUCAGCCUUUUCACCCCAUGGAACAUCCACCUUCUCAAGGCCAAGACUACAGCCACAUGAGGAGGCUGUCAUAAUUCCCUCCAAGAACUCCGAGUCCGAUCCUGGGCCCGGCAGGGCACAAUUUCUCAAGUUUUCUCAACAGCAAACUAAGGAAAUCCUCGCUAUCACGAAAGAUUCCGGUCUUAAGCUUACUGCCUUUUUGCAUGCCGCAAUUAUACAUGCUGGAACAAAGAUGACCCCUUGCUCCCCGGGCACGAAACACUCGACAAAUAUAAUCUUCAACCUCCAAAAAGUCUGCCAUGGUGGUCCUCCAAACGCAGAAUCCAGAGCUUCGAUGCUUCGGAUUGGUUUCUGGCCUGUGCAGGUGCAAAUUGAGGACAAUGUUUAUCAAACAGCGGCCAGAUUGAAGCCCGAGUAUAGCUUAAUUGCCAAUCAGAAAGAAGCUGUUGUUGCUGCAAUGGUUCCCCGCCUCCACCAAUUAACAUCAGUGGUGGGUAUUCGAGCUUCAUACCAGGGGAUCCUACCAAGCUUCAUCGGUGACAUAUCUAGUAUGCUGUUGGGUAUUUACGGAUCUUUCAAGACCCGUGAAAUUUGGAUGGUUGCCCUUCCACUUGACGAAAGGGUUUAUCUUGGGAUUCAGACCUUUGAUGGAAGAUUAUCUAUUCGAGCGGCAUAUAACGAAACAUACCAUGAUGAUAGCCAAGUGGCUGAGUUCCUUGAAAAAAUCAAACAGGAGAUCCAAAUUGCCCUUAUGAGAAUCGCCAAUGGGCUCGAUAACUGA